GCACCCAGAACUUCAAUUUUGACGGAUUGCGCAAAAAUUGUCAUAUAAAAUUUAAUUUUCCAUAUGUCCAAGUAUUUUGAAUUCAAUAACGUGUCUUUUAAAGUAACCGUAAUAUUUAAAAAAGUCGAAAACCAACAAAUUUCGUCAUUUAAACGAAUCCACCGCCACUGAUCGAACACUGGUCGACACUACUGAUUCGUUGCUUCAUUGUUUUUGAAAACAGCUACAUUCGAAACUGAUGUUUUGUUUUUAAUCCACACAUCAAGUAUUUCAAAAAACAAACGACUCGGUGUAUAAGUGUCUCUAGAGUUGCAAGGAUUGUAUAUUUUUUCGAAUUUUGAUGCCGUGUGGCUGGCUUCAGUUGUCGCGUAAUAUGCCAAACAUAAUAGGCACGUGUUAGCUGUCUGCUUCAAAACACCGGGUUGCGCGCGCAUUGUGUUGACAAGAUGGCGAUUGUUUCUUAGUUUCUCUGCCGGCGCUGCAUAAUAUUGGCUUUCAAAAUAAACAAUUUUCAAACGGUUGUCAGUGCAAGUGUAGUAUUCAGUAAUCAUGGACCCCAAAGAAGAUGAUGACAGUGAUCGCGAAGAUCCCCACGAUCAAGCGCAAGAUUUUUUGCAAGGCUUGGAAGGUGCAGCAUUUCAAAGUAGAUUACCGUUUGAAAAAUUGACAUCUAUUGAAGCUGCUUGUUUUCCUGACGUUUCUGAUGGCCCAGCCCAAACUCAAAAAGUGUUUUUACAUAUUCGCAACCGAUUGCUGCAAUUAUGGUUAGAAAAUCCAAAACUUCAAUUGACCAUUGAAAAUGCUUUACCACAAAUUGAACCACCAUACAAUAGUGACCCUUUAUUGGUAAAACGAGUACAUGCAUUUUUAGAAAGACAUGGGUUCAUUAAUUUUGGAACUUUCAAACGCCUUAAGCCAAUACCUACCAAAAAACUUGGUAAAGUAAUUGUCAUUGGAGCUGGAAUAGCUGGUUUAGCAGCGGCUCAACAAAUGCAACAAUUUGGCCUUGAAGUAGUAGUUGUAGAAGCAAGGAACCGAGUUGGUGGACGCAUCGCUACAUUCAGAAAAAAUAAAUAUGUUGCAGACUUAGGAGCUAUGGUAGUAACUGGACUUGGAGGAAAUCCUGUCACAGUUUUGAGUAAGCAAAUAAACAUGGAACUCCAUAAAAUAAAACAAAAGUGUCCUUUGUACGAGAUGGAUGGAAAUGUAGUGAAAGAGGUUAAAUUUAAAGAGGUUCCAAAAGACAAAGAUGAAAUGGUUGAAAGAGAGUUUAAUAGACUACUAGAAGCUACAUCUUACUUAUCGCAUCAACUAGAUUUUAAUUAUGUUGGUGUUCCUGAGAAAGAAGGUACUUCUAGUGACAAUAAUCGACCUGUGUCUUUGGGUCAAGCCCUCGAAUGGGUUAUUCGGCUACAGGAACAAGGUGUCAAGCAACGACAAGUCAAUCACUUUAAUACAAUAAUUAAAUAUCAAAAUAAACUCUUGGCCAAUCAAAAUAAGUUAUAUGAAAUACAAGAAAUUAUAAAGCAACUGAGUGAAGAAUAUAAUGAUAAAGCAGACAGUAAGCAGCCACUUGAUGUAACAAAAGAAUUUGUUCGUAGAUCUAAGCUUAGAGAUCUUCAAGCAAUGUUUAAAGAAUUUGAUUCUUUGUUGGAAGAACAAGCUCAAAUUGAAGUAAAACUUAAAGAGCUAGAAUCAUCACCUCCAAGUGAUGUGUACUUAUCAUCAAAGGAUCGGCAAAUUCUAGAUUGGCAUUUUGCUAAUUUAGAAUUUGCUAAUGCAACUCCACUUUACAAUCUUAGUUUAAAACACUGGGACCAGGAUGACGACUUCGAAUUUACAGGAAAUCAUCUGACAGUUCGAAAUGGUUAUUCAUGCGUACCAGUUGCUUUAUCGGAAGGUCUGGACAUUCGAUUGGAAACAGCUGUUCGCAGUGUUCGUUAUAGCACCGAUGGUGUCGAGGUGUAUACGUCACCGGCAAACGCUGUUCCAUCGUCUGAGACAACCUGCCACAAGUGCGAUGCGGUUCUAGUAACUCUGCCACUGGGUGUGCUCAAAGCCGAGCAUCCUCAAUCAAAAGUUACCUUUACUCCGCCCUUACCUGAUUGGAAGGCACAAGCGAUACAGAGACUUGGUUUUGGAAAUCUCAAUAAGGUGGUGCUGUGCUUUGACAAAAUCUUCUGGGAUCCGACGUCGAACCUCUUCGGUCACGUCGGCAGCACGACGGCCUCCCGCGGGGAAUUAUUUCUAUUCUGGAACUUGUAUAAAGCACCGGUACUGUUGGCGCUCGUCGCAGGUGAGGCGGCAUGCGUGAUGGAGACCAUCAGCGACGACGUUAUCGUAGGUCGUUGCAUCCACGUGCUCAAGGGAAUAUUCGGGAAUCAAGUACCGCAGCCGAAAGAGAGCGUAGUUACCCGCUGGCGCGCCGACCCAUGGGCCCGGGGUUCUUACAGCUUCGUAGCCGUUGGGAGCUCAGGCAGCGAUUACGACCUUCUGGCGGCCCCCGUGUCACCUCCGGCGAGCAAUCAUUCUCCUCCCGGUGCAGCCGCGCCUCAGCCGCGCGUCUUCUUCGCGGGCGAGCACACGAUCCGCAAUUAUCCGGCGACGGUUCACGGUGCCUUCCUGAGCGGUCUGCGCGAGGGUGGCCGCAUAGCCGACCUGCUUUGCGGUAGUCCGUAUGCCGCGCCGCCGAGCAGCUCCGCAUCGUCCAAUAGUCAGCCACAAGCAACAGCGGCGUCAGCAUCGGCCUCGGCAGCCUCGACGACAUAACCUUGAUAACGACGACCGAAUUUCAACGAUGGCUGCCUCCAAUAAUGUAGCCGGAAAUCAUCCCAUCAAUUGUAAUUAACUGUAGCAUUUCGAUUCUUUCUUAAUGCAAUGAUUAUAGUAAUAAAAAGACGUUUAGCUUGUUGCGAAAA